AAGAAUCCCUUUCAGGGAGAUUUAGUCUAAGCUUUCAGGUUAAAAAAAAAGGCGGCAAUAGGUAGUUAUGUUAGUUAACGCAUAUAUAAGCCAUCAAAAUUAAAAUUUCUCCAAGAAACUUCACAUUUCCUUAUAAUUGAAAUUACUAUACAGUUUUUUUCUUCUUCUCAGUCAUCAAAACUACUUUCUGAGAUUUUUCAUAGCUUCAAGAAAAGUUCUAAUCAUUGCGAAAACACCAGAGAAGGAAGAGGAAAGAAAGCAAAAUGUUCCAUUGAUGAACCUCACUAUUCUUGAAGAAGAAACAGAGAGCAAGAAAAUGAAAUCAGAAAUUUCAAAAAGAACAACCUUUUUUGAUGAACAUCCAGUGAAACCAAGAACCCUGCGAGUCAAAAUCGCAGAAAGUUCAAAUAAAUUGGCAAAUCCAGGAUUUGGGCAUGGAAAAAAUCACAGUGCUUCAUUAGGAAAAAAACCCAUUCUUGAUGACGACGACGACGAAGAAGAAAAAGAGUUGGAGACCCAAAUUGCAGAAAAAUCAUAUCCACCAAAAUUGAAGUGGAAAAUUCAGAGUGCUUCAGUGAAAAAGAACCAAAUUGCAGGAAAAUCAUAUCUACCAACUCUUCUUGAUAAAGAAGAAGAAGAAUUGGAGAAAAUGGGGUCAAAAAGAAGAAAUCUUGAUAGUGAAUCAAGAACCCCAAAGACCCAAAUAGCAGGAAAAUCAAGAAUUGGUUACAGCAUUGAUGGAAAAAAGUUACCAAAACCAAAAUUUGGUUACAGCAUUGAUGGAAAAAAGUUACCAAGAUUACCCAAAUUUGAGAAAAUACGCGAUAUUAUUAGAGAUUGCAGUAAACCUUUUGAGAAAAAGCUGUUAAAAACUGAUGUUGACAAGAUUGGAUUAAACACAAGUGAUGUGAAAAAAGGAAUUCUUCCAUAUCUGAACAAAGAUGAAACUGUUAUUCUUCGUAAGGAAGGGAUUUUAGUGAAAACUUAUGAUGAAUUUGGGAAUUGUUAUGACAUGAAAUUCGAGUCGUAUUGUAAUUGUUUCUACAAGCUUUGCAAUGGAUGGAAAAAUUUGUUUGAAGAUCAUAAACUGAAUGAAAAUGAAGAUUGUUAUGUUGCUGUUUGGAUGUUUCGAAAUGCAUACACUGGUGAACUAUGUUUUGCUGUGAUUCUGAAGAGGUAAAAAAAUUCAACAUUAGAAGAAUUUGAUUAGUGUUAAUCACUUUCAUUAGUGUUACUCUUCAGGAAUUAGAGUCUUGUUAAUGUCUUGUGCAGUAAAAGUUCAGUUCUUUUUUAGUAUUGUAUGAAUGUAAAAGGCAUAAAUAUAUUGGAGUCGAUGAUACCACAGAUAGCUUUCAUAUCUGUGGAAUGGCUUUAA